AUGACAUCGUGUGCUGUGGCACGAGCACAUUCUCCUGCUCCAGAUGAGUCAGAAUGCGUCGACAUGCUACAUCCUAUGAGUUCCGAUAACAAUUUACCUCUGAUCAGCACCACUCCGAUGAUGCCACCUGUGAUCAAAACCACAGACAGACCAGUAGUGCUCUGUAUGGCUCCUAUACACAAGCUUCAUCAUGAGGAUGAAGGUUGCCCCGAUAAGGAGGUUCGAGAUGCUGUCGAAGGCAUGCAAUUGGACUGA